AUGACUACUAUUAACGACAUCAAACAUCAAAAAUAAGAGAAGCUUAGACUUAGUCUCAGAAAAGAGAGAAAUGAGAACACUUUUUCUUAAAAAAGACAAAUCAGUAGUGUAGAAUCAAAGGCUAAAAUAUUCUUAUUGUUUCCUGUUAAUCUAUACAAGAACAUUGACAUUCUGAAAAAUUAUAAUAAAAUAUUUUUAAUUGAGGACGAUUAAUACUUUAGAGCAUAUAAUUAUCAUAAACUCAAACUGGUAUAUCAUAGAGCUUCGAUGAAAUCCUAUUAGGAUUAUUUAAUGAAUAAUUUAAAAGAUGCAACUAUACAUUAUAUUGAGCAAAAUGAAAAUUGUAGUGCCUUUUUGGAAUCCCUUUAAAGUACUGAUAAAAUUGUUAUUGCUCAAUGUGAUUUUUAUGACCCAAUUGAUAAACCAGUUUUAUAAAAGUAUUCAAAUAUUCUAUAGAAAUUGGGAAUAUAGAGUGAAAUCAAAGAGAAUCUGUCAUAUUUGUGUACAAGAAAUGAUUUGUAAUAAUAUCAUAAAGAACAUGUAAAAUUGAAGGAUGGUAAACCAAAUUAUAGUCAUGAUUCUUCAUUCUAUAGAUGGCAAAGAAGAAGAUUGAAUAUUUUAAUGGGUCCAAAAGGAGAAGACCCAGAAAAAUGGACUUAUGAUUCAGAAAAUAGACAACCAUUAAAACCAGGCGCUAAAGUUCCAAAGAAACCCGACCUAAUUAAAUCAAGCUAUUAUGAUGAAGCCAUAAGUUAUGUGACUAAACAUUUUCCAAAGAAUUUUGGUGAAAUUAAAAAUACAAUUUAUCCUAUUGAUCAUGACUCAACAGAAGAAUGGUUGGAUUGUUUUUUAAAGUAAAAAUUAAGUGAAUUUGGACCUUAUUAAGACGCAGUUCAUUCAGAUUAUCCCUUUGUAAAUCAUUCGAUUUUAUCUCCGAUGAUGAACAUAGGACUCAUCACUAGCAGUCUAAUUGUUGAUAAGACUCUACAAUACUAUAAAUAAAAUAAAGCACCUAUCUAAUCAGUUGAAGGAUUUCUUAGAUAAGUAAUAGGGUGGAGAGAGUAUGUUAGAUUACUUUACUUUUUUGAGGGGGAACAAUAAAUGAAGGCUAAUUUCUUUAAUCAUUAAAAUGAAUUGAGUAACAAUUGGUACACUGGCCAGACAAAAUUGCCACCUAUUGACCAUAUGAUUUAAAAGGUUAUCAAAUAUGCAUAUCUUCAUCAUAUUGAAAGAUUAAUGUAUAUAGGAAAUACAAUGUUAUUGUCAGAGAUCAAUCCAAAGUAGGUAUUUAAAUGGUUUAUGGAAGUUCAUAUUGACAGUUAUGAAUGGGUUAUGGCACCUAAUGUUUUUGGCAUGACUUAACAUGCUGAUGGAGGUAUAAUGAUGACAAGACCGUAUAUUUGUUCAUCCAAUUAUAUGCAAAAGAUGAGUAAUUUUAAUAAAUCGACUAAGUCUGAAAUUAAAAUUGAAAAAUAGAUUUAUAAUUGGCCUGAACUAUUUGAUAGUUUAUAUUAUAAUUUUAUUGGUAAAAACGAAGGAGUACUAAAACAAUAUUAUGCAACUGCAAGAUAAGUGGCUCAUUGGACGAAAAAGAGUGAAAUGGACAAAAUUAAAAUCACAAAGAUUGCAUCAACAUUUAUUAAAUAAUUGAUUAAAUGA